AUGUGUGACUAUUUUGGGGUAAAUCAUUGUCAGGGAAGGCGCAGGCGAGGGUCAUGUAAUGUGCGCACUGACCUAACCUCCAAGAAGCGUCCGAACCCAAGUUUUGAGUCACCCAACCCUGAGAAUUACCGAGACUCGGAAAUGGAAACUGCGAGCGCCUGUAGCGGAUACUGCCAGUGUCGUCUGCAUAUCCAGUUUCCUCCAAACUGUUCAUUUCCGAUCGCGCAGGCUCUUAUGGGGAUUUUAGUUGACUGUAGCAUACAAGAUGGUGUAAAAUGUGCAGAACAAACGGAAUUACUGGGAGACGCUCCAACCGUUUCCAGCGAGGUCAGACUCUGCUAUUCACUUCCAACAGUUAGUUGUCAGCCAUUCGGAAGCGCUGGUUUUGAUACUCAUUGCUUGUGGAAUCUUUUGAAUUCGUCUGAUGAAAUCGAUACAUUUUCUGAUAGCUUUACUGCGACUGCACAGAAUCGCAGACACCUACUUUCAGUGCAGAAAAUUCCAACUAAUAAUAUGCGACGCUUAGAAGACCAAGUUAGUUACAAUAUUCAUGUUCGUAGGGCUGCUCUACGUGGUCGUGGUUUCGACAUCAUUUCGCAGUUAUAUCCUUUAGAGUCUCAUUCUGUUAGAAGCGCUGGUACUCAUUGCUUGUGGGAUCUGAGUUCGUCAGGUGGAGUCGAUACAUUUUCGAACAGCCCUACUGCGAUCGCACAGAAUCACGAACAAGUUUCAGUACAGAAAAUUCCACUUGAUGAUGUGCAACGUUUGAAAAACAAACAUAAUCAAAAUCUCCGUUUUGAUCACGGAGCUAAUGUCAACACUUCACAUGGCAGUAGAAAGAUUUGGAGGCCUUGGACCGAUGAAUCUUAUUCGCCAAGCAUAAAGAGAUCAGCAGAAGGAAAUUCAUUAUUUAUUGAAAAUAAUCAGAGUGCGAUGGACCUCAAGGUACACGAAGAAUCAGCUGAUUUGCAGCCGCCCAGAGGAGUGCUAGCAAUUGGUCUGGGAAAAUGA